AUGACGCCUCGCGGCCUCAGGCGGAUAGCAUGGAUGGUCGCGCUCAUUUUGGUGGCGUUGCACGCCGCGAGGGCGAUGCCAGAGGCGCCCAAUGCUCUCGACCCUUCCCUCCUCUCCCGGGACGAGCGUGCCUCCCGGGGCGACUCCGGUCAGUCUGUGGGCUUGUCCGGAGAUCAUGCUGACGCCCCGGGGCCGAAAGCGGGCCGGGGUCGGCGGCGCGCCGAGGAAGGGGGGUGGGCCACUUUUGCGCCAGAGGACCACUUCGUGACGAAGCAACAAGACCCCGGCGAUGCCGCGGUGUGCGAGAUCUACAAGCAGCCGGGGAACGGACCCGGGCACCUGGAGAUCGAGGUCGUCAACUACGGCGCCGAGCAGCUCGAGUUCACGGUCGACGUGAAGAUGCACGGCGAGCGCGCAGAGGACUCGAUACCGUGCGGGGAGUGCGUGACCAUCACGCCGGCGAGCGGGAGCAUCCCCGCCGCCGGCGACGACGAAGGACACCAGUAUCAGAUCUUCGACCUGCACAUCACGCCGGAGGGCCGGGAGGAGCUCGGUGAGGCGCAGGCGCUGCGCAUUGAGGUCUGGUCAACAGCGGACCAUUUGCGUGCGUGCGAGACCGAGGCCACCGUGCGCUCGGCGUUCCCGCCUCGCCCCGACGACAACGACGAUGGCGAUGACGACGGCGAAGACGACGGGCCCGGCAAGAGCAGCGGGGCAGGGAGCGGCGACGACAGCGACCCUGGCACCCGCGGCAGCGGAGCGGAGGAUCCCGGCGAGGAUCCCGAAGCGCCGCCUGAAGACACAGAGCCGCCGCCGGAGGACACGGAGCCCCCCACGGAGCCCACCGAACCGCCUCCGUCACCAACUGAGGCGCCUCCCGAACCCACAGAGGCGCCGCCCGAACCCACGGAGGCGCCGCCCGAGCCCACACAGGCGCCGCCUGAGCCCACAGAGGCGCCAGCUGCUGGCGGUGACGACAACGACCCGAGCAAGCGCGGCGGUGGCGACGACGGGGAUGGUGGCGACGACGAUGACGGUGGACAGUCGCCGCACGGCUCGGACGACGACGACGACGACGGCAGUGGCGGCAGCGGGCACCCCUGGGACGGAAGUGGGGACGACGCUGGUGGCUCGGGCGCGAGCGGAUACUUGUACCUGGUCGGGCUGGCGGGCAUCGGCGGCCUGGGCCUGUUCGUGUAUCACAAGCUGAAGAAGCCCUCGCACGGGGGCGCGGGCGGUCGAUCGGGCGACGGCGGCGGCGGCGGCGGUGCACGCAACGAGAUCCAGAUGCAGCCUGUCGGGGAGGACACAGCGCUGCUGGCCAAGGGGGGGAGUGGCGGACGGCCCGGGGAGGGGUACAACGGCGCGGGCGCGAAUGGGGACGGCUGGGACGAGGAGUGGGGCCAGGAGAGCGAUACGUGGGGGAAGAGCGGCGCCGGCGCCGGCGCCGCGAAGGCCGAUCCAGCGGACGGCUGGGACGGGGUCGACUGGGGGGACGACGACGACGGUGUGGGGACGCCGGCGCCCCCUGCGGCGGCCGCGUCGAGCGCGCGCCCGCGGUCGACGCCGCGGUCGGGGCUGAAGCUCGGGGCGAAGAAGUUGAAGGACUGA